AUGUUAAGUGUAGUUGUGGCGGCGCUCGCGUGCCUUUGGCUGGCGCGCGCCUCGCCGGCUGAAACACACGGUCUGCGGACCUAUGCGGUUAACUCUUAUACACCUAAGGAAUUAGGUAUUAUUUUAGCAAAUAUUGACGAGCGUCUACGUUUAUUAGACACCAUUAGCGCAGUGCAAGUGAAACAAGCGCGACGUUUGGACGUAAUACAAGAUAAGCUAGAUCACCUAGAAACUACUCUGUCUUUAAAACUUGAACGAGCACAAUUGGCAGCCGAGAGGCUCGAGCACAGGCUUCACAUGCUGCAAACCAGCGUACAGACCUCGAUCAAAGAGAGUAGCAAUAAAAUCGAAAAAAGUCAAGCUAAAAUUAUGGAAGUUGCCCAAAAUCUGACAAAUCAUAUAGAAACUCAUACUCACUUGUUAGAAAAGGUAAGUGGUGCAUACACUGACACGUGGCGACGCGGCCUUCUCUUAGAGUCCUUGGUACGAGACGGUAUGUCAUUGGUAAACGUAACGCGGCGUGAGCUCGCAGACGGUCUACGUACGCUCGCAAGACGACAACGGGAGGCACGUAUGUCGUCAGCAGACUUGGAAGCAACAUUCUCGAGACGUCUUCAAGACAAUACAUAUAAAAUAGAUAUGAAGAUGCAAGAAGUCUUAGACGUGCAAAAGCGCUUUGCCGAUUCUUGUCAACGGGUGCAACUCGACGAUCCGACGCACGUCGCGGACGUGCUAGAUAAAUUGAUAGACUCGCUCAUAAAUAAAACUGCGUCAACGUUUCAUGAGCUCCAAAAUAUUCAAGUAACAAUGAAAAACCAUGACAACAAAGUUAUGAAACUACUUAACACCCGGCCGACACAACCUGAAGUUCCAUGCAAACGAUUGGAAAGUUUGUUUAGAAAUUCAUCACAUUCUGUUUUCAAUGAGAAAGAAUUACAACAGCUAACUGAAAAAUUCAUAGCGUUAACAAAUAGAGCCGAUGCUGCACUACAGCGAUUAGAAGGACAUUUGAGUGAAGAGUCUGAGGAGCCGAUACCAGGCUCUGACGUUACAGAUGCCGCGGACAGACUGCUAUUGAAACUCAAAGGAAUCAGAAGUGAGCAAAGUACAGAAGAUGAGGAUUGGGAUGAUGAACAAGACAGCAAUUAUUUUGAUAACAAUAUGAAUGACUUUAUACAGGAAGAUCAAGAAACAAUGAAUAAUUUAUCCAAUAGAGAAAAGUUUAUAACCACAGAAAGUACUCCAACUAAACCACAUCGGAGACAUCUGCACAAACACCCAUAUGACCGCGGCCCUUUA